AUGCAACUAAACAGGGCCGGAGCGAAGAAGCAUGGCAAGACAACACCCGUGCCAACCCCGUCUUCAGCGGACGCCGCGCAAGUCGAGCAGCACCAGCGGCAGGAUGGCACAAGAGGGGAGGACGAAAUAAUAGCAGAAGGGCUGAUCCUCUUGCCUCCCCAACUACAGAAGUUGACUAUCGAAUUCUGCCGAGAGCUGAGCCUCCACUCCAAUCCAGUCGACCAAAACAGAGAAGCGGGACGAACUUGGGAAGGACAGGGCCUCAAAGGUCUGCGCUCCCUCCCAUCGUUGCACAUACUCUCUUGCCCCAGGUUGCUCUCCUAUUCGUCUUCGUCCUCUUAUUUCCCCUUCCCAGACUCCUUGGAACACCUCCAUCUUUGGGGCGCGGCGGCGACGCUGCUGCCUCUCUCAAACCUCACCUCUCUUACAGAUUUAGCCAUAGUGAGAUGUGGGGAUUUAAGAGUCGAGGGACUGCGGCCUCGCCUCGCCCAAGGUCGUCUCACCCAAUUGACCGUCCGCGAAACCCCCAAUUUCUUCGCUGGUUUCGAGCCCUCACUGCCGCAUGAACAAGAGUUCCCAUCCUCUUCCUCCAAACUGAAGGAUCUUGAGACGGAUGACGUCGCGGGUCUCCUUGCUGCGCCCAUAUGUGUCUUGCUCUCUUCCUCGCUCACCGAAUUGCACUUUUGGGGGGACGAAGAGGUGGCGCGCUUCACAAAGGAGCAAGAGGAGGCCCUUCGACUCCUCACCUCCCUCGAGAGGAUCCUAUUUUGCGGCUGCGACAAACUGCAGUGCCUCCCUGCAGGGCUGCACAGACUUCCCAACCUCAAAGAGAUUACAUCUCCAAUUGUGCAGCCAUCCGGUCGCUACCCAAGGAUGGCCUCCCAAGUUCACUGCAAGAGUUGGAGAUCUACUCCUGUCCAGCCAUCCGGUCGAUGCCCAAGGAGUGCCUCCCAAGUUCACUGCAAAAACUAGUGAUCAGAGACUGCCCAGCCAUCCGGUAGCUGCCAAAGGUGGACGACCUUCCAUGUUCACUGCGAGAGUUGGAUGUCAGUGAUAGAAACAGCGAGGAGCUAAGAAGGCAGUGCCGCAAGUUGAUAGGAGCCAUUCCAAUAGUCAGAGCCUGACUAACACAAGGGCUAUUGUUCGAAUUGGUACAUUCUUCUAACCUCUGGAUUCUCAUUGUAUCUAUACACGCUUCUCAGUUGUCAAGCAUGAACAUCUCAGGAUGUGUCUAAUACCCUGUACAUAAAAAUGAUCAUCUCCAUUGAAUCUAAUAUAAUAGAAUAACUCUGAGAUCAGACUAUACUAGUGCAAGUAUGCAAGAAAACAUCAAGUCUUUGAGCUGUACAUCCUUCUAAUCUUGCUGCAAUUUUCUGAAAACACAUUGUUGCACACUAGGGAGUUGAGUGUAUCUUCCUGCUUUAAGAAAAUCCUUCACCCAAGGCUACAGCUCUGUACAUGCAUGAUCUAACCUGAAACCACCUCAAAGUUCAGCUUGUGGGACUGGUGUGGGUAUUCUAGAAUUUCAGCUUGUGGGACCUUCGUAUGAAAAAACGAAUCUGGGGUGCAGCUUCUUUUACUGAUAAGCCACGAACCAUAUGCUAUUCAAUUGCACAAGUGCAUGCUUGUCUAACUAUUGCUAGUGACAACAUUUUCACUUGCAGACCUAGGUUGGUGCAGCAGUGAUGGCACAAAGAUUUGGUGGAUUCAUGGAGAUCUCUUGCGCUUCAAUAGUCAACAUGGAACUACUUCUCUAGCUGAAGCAACUUCAGAUGUACUGGUUCUAUGAUUGGCUGGUCCAGCAAGUGCCAUCUUAAGCAGCUGUGAACCAAGUGUUCCUUCACAUUGCACUCGUCUAGAUGGACACUGUAGCUAAUGUAUUGGAAGCUGCUCACACUUGUAUGCUCUCGUCCUUGCUUGCAUAUGAGGAAUUAUGUCUCAAAGUCGUACCAGGAUUACAAUCAUCUUCACAAGAUAUUGCUUCUGGACAUCAUUUGGCUUGAAGUUGGGAAAGGUUUUCUUGCAUCUGUCAGGGCCUUGCCAUUCCAAGGAUGGCAGGGCGAAGUUAAGUGAUUAGUCAGGGAAACUCAGAGGUGACACUAAUGUAGCUGUAGCCAUCCUCACAAACUUGGAGCAUGCUGUAGAGCCACAGAUGGGCGUCUAACGAUGUACUGCUAUUUGAGAUGAAUCUCAUCAUUUGAAUUUUCCUUUAGACCUCUGAUGCUGUUAGCUGGGGUAUUUGUCAAUAAACUUGGAAAUUUUAUGGUUGUGCACUGAUAUGUUGCCAAGUGUAUUUCGGCAAAUGGCAUUCGUUCUGGUUCAUGGACUA